AAAUAUUACUCAUUCUGCCGAAGCAGACCUGGAUUGCUGUGUACGCGGUGCUUCCACCGUAAAAAAAGUCAAAACAAUACCACUCCAAAGCGGAUUAUCAAAGUGUCUUAUAUUUUGUGGGAUGUCACUUUACCAGCGGACGACUGAAAAGCGACGAUUACUUCACGAAAUAAGGAUGAGAGACGAUGAAUUUGCGGUGGUCCUUGGCAAGGCCAGACCAAUGUCACCCAAAGCACAGCUGGAGCAAGAGAAAAAAGUUCGACGAGAAAUUGCCAACAGUAAUGAACGACGUCGAAUGCAAAGCAUUAAUGCUGGAUUUACGUCAUUAAAGAGUCUUAUUCCACAUCAUGAAGGAGAAAAACUCAGCAAGGCUGCCAUUCUGACCCAUACCACCGAUUACAUCAGUAACCUGGAAGAGGAAAAAAUGAGGCUACAGAGCCAGAAUAACAAGCUAAAAUGCAUGCUGGAAGAUCUAAGUCAGGAGCGAGAUGUACAGGACUCGCCCCCACCUAAACGAAAGAAACGUGACACUGAAUCGUCUGACGAGGGUAUCAGCCUGAGUGUCACAUCAGAGUAUGGCGACGACUCCGUGGCUGAUGAACUGAGAAGGGAGAUAAGUGAGCUACGAAGUCAGCUGGAGCACGAGAGGCGCAUGCGGAUGAUUCUCGAGGAGCAGAAUCGCGCUCUAGAGGCACAGUUGUAUCCAGAUCGCUUACGGCAGAUCGCUAGUCAAGUACAGAUGCAGAUGAAACUUCAGCAAGAGAAGGAGCGUGCUAUGAUCGAGGAAAAAAUCCGGCUAGAAGAGCAGGAAAAGCAGAUGUCACAAACAACAUUUUCUCAUUCAAUGUCACGGCGAAACUUGGAGACAAUUGUGGAGGCGAUUCGUCACUUGGAAGGCGACCGCGUUGUGUUCGAGGAAAAACAGCAGCUUGAAGUGAAACACAUUGCCCAUAGUGAAGAGAGUGAGCGAGAGACAAGCAGCCUGAGUGAUCCCGAGGACACUAAAUCAGAGAGUUCGGGUCGAGACUCCCCAGUGAACUUAUCCCAGCCCUCCCAUCACCCCCCAGGGGACCCACUACCACCACAUCCCCACCUCCUGUCCCCUCACUCCUUCACCCCCAGCCCCACACCCUCAGCAUCAGCUCCAGGCCUCUCUGCCCCAGACUCACACAUACGUAGAGAAGUACCCAGUGGCCGUUCAUUUACUACACCGUCCCCUGCCCCCAUUCUACCAUCGACCCGGGGUGAUAGUACAUAAGUCUUAGUGAAUAGCCUUUAGCGCUUUACCACCUCACAUUGUACAUACCCAUUAACCAAGCACUGAGUGGUGCAUAAACACAUCAUCUGUACAUAGUUCACCGCCAGUCAGUGCUGCCAUCAUUACAUUCAACAGCACACGCAGCUGAAGUGCAGGAAAUGCCAGCAAGUCUGGUUCAAUCCAGUCCAUUGCUGUGUCUGUAUGGUAAUACCAUUUCAAGCAAUGCUGUGACUCUAUGUUAAUAUCAUUUCAAGCGUUGCAGUGUCUGUGGUAAUACCAUUUUAAACAUUGUUGUGUCAGUAUGGCCAUACAAUUUCAAGCAUUGUUGUCUGUGGUCCUACCAUUUUAAGCAUUGCUGUGUCUAUAUGGUCAUAACAUUUCACAAGCAGUGCUGUGUCUAAUUGGUCAUACCAUUUCACAAGCAGUGCUGUGUCUAAUUGGUCAUACCAAUUCAUAAGCAGUGCUGUGUCUCUAAACAAUCGUACCAUUUCAAGCAUUGCUGUGUCUAUCUGACCAUACAUUUCAAGUAGUGCUGUCCAUAGCAUAGGUCCAAACUAUUUCAAGCAAC